UAUAAUAAUAAAGUUUCUAUAUUGUUCUAUCAUCUAUUGUAUAUUUGUAUUUACCAUUUAGUUUAAUACUAAUAGUUGAAUAGACUGACAAGACAGUGAUGUUUUACUUUUCGCUUUCUUGAGUUCAAAUAUUUUGGAACAUUUGUGAGCCGACAGUUAUUGAAGUAAACCGAAAUAUUGUCUUCAAUUGUAUAGAUUUACAAGUGUUUUAGUUAUGUCAACAUCUGAAACGACUAACGGGCAAGUGGCUACUACUCCAGUAGCAUCGACCGUCGAUGCCCCACCAGAGUCGAGUGUUUCAGAAUCUCAGAAGGUAACUUCCUCUGAGAGUAAUGCUAAAAGGCUGAAAAAUCCCAAGCACAAUGCACCCAUGCGUCAAUAUUUAGACCAAACUGUUGUACCAGCAUUGUUAGUAGGCAUGAAGGAGUUAGUCAAGGAAAGACCUCCUGAUCCAUUGGGUUUUCUAGCUGCAUUUUUAUUGAAGUAUAAAAAGGAACAUGUUGACAAAGACUCAAUUUCAGAAACAUAAACGGAUACAUUUUCUUCAUAAAAAAAAAUAUAACAAUUAUAACUAAAUAGACAUAAAUAAUAAUCACAUCUUAUGCUCUUAAAUUAUUUCUUUGCACUUAAAUUCAAAUAUUUUUCAUUCUGUGUGUACAUAAAAAGUUGUUUGUUUACAAAGGAAAAUGUAAAUUUUUUUUUUUCUUAUAUUGUAGAAGGCUGAUAAAGCAUUACAUUUUUUUUUUUUAUAAAGGGUUUAUAAAAGCUAAAACCACUGUUAUAACUCAAUGAUAAACAUGAUUUUAACCCCAUUAUUACUAUUAUGUUGCCAUGGUAAUUGAAUCAUAACAAACGGAUAUAUGUAAAAACAUAUUCAAAUCAUAUAGGUACUCUUAAUCACAAUAGUGUUGUAAUUAUGAUUUAUUGUAUUAAUUAACGAUUUAAUGAUUCAAUUAUUUAUUUUGUAGAUUAAAAAAUCCAAUUACAAUAAAA